AUGACUAACCCACCAAGAAGGUUCAAUGAGUCAGUUCAUUUAAAGAUAGACGAUCUUCGUGAUAUACUGAUACAAUUGCGGCAACAGCUUGAAGACAUCACUGUAGAAAUCGAAACUUAUGCGACAAUCGAACCCCUUAAUCCGAAGAUCAUGCGACAAGAAAGAGAAAGGGUAAGCAAGACAUUCAUGGACGGUUGGAAAGCUGCAGAAAGGUCUAUUCAAAACAAGAGCCAUGCAAGCACGUCAAACUCGAGGACAAAAUACUCAUCAAAAGAACCCAUUUCGCCUAAACAAAGUCAACAAUCAUCACAAGCAAGGAGUGCCACUACUGCUCCACCUUGUAGAAAAUUUGACGGCUUGGGGAUGUCAUUGUCGAAGGCCUUAAGGAACUUGUUGCAGAAGAACUUGAUUCAAACGUUAACAUCAGAACUUGGGAGAGAAAUUCAGGAUUUGAUCGACGCUAAGAUCAUCCCAAAGCUCCGAAGAAUGAAGGCAGACAUCGUGUACAAGAUCAAGGAGGAAGUUGAGAAACAACUCGACGCAGGAUACCUUGAAGUGAUAGAUUACCAAGAAUGGAUCGCCAAUGUAGUCCUAGUCGCAAAGAAAGAUGGAAAGAUCCGAGCACUUGCAACUGAAACAGGCACAAGUUUUAUCAACAUAACUGCCUCAACUUUAUUAUCAGAGUGGUUUGGUGAAAGUGUCAAGAUAUUAAAAAUUCUCUUAGCUAAAACAGUCCAUGGCGGAAGCAGGAAGACAACAUGGCUAAAAUUCUCUUGGCUUGUGUUUACGAAUGAUGAGGCAUCCAACAUGAACGAGCUUCGAAAAUGGAAUGAAAAGUACGGUCAAGGCGGAAGCAGGAAGACAUCAUCUUUUGGCUUUGCUAAUCAAUCUGAAUUGCUAGCUUCUUCCUGA